CAUUUAAAAUCCACAACAAAUUCAAGGAAACGCCGGAGUGAAUACUCAACCAACGUUUACUACAAGUCAGGCAAAGGCUCAAAAAGUUCAAAGGAAAUUUCUACUUGGAGUUUUUGUAAAUAUUACCUGUACUUUUUUUUGGAUUUUGCAAAAAUGGAACUGGAAUACAUUCUAUACGUCUUUUUCUUCACUGCCAUAGUCCUCAAUGUAAUAGGCAACUCUCUUGUUAUCUACAUCAUCUGUAAGAAACCAAAGACAUCCACAGACCAUUUGCUGUUGAAUCUAGCGGUUGCAGAUCUUAUGUUGGGAGUUUUUCAGGCUAUUCAACUCUUUUCUCUUCUUUCCAUAAGGUUAGUGUCCAACCCUAAGCCUUUCGUUAUUGAAAAUGAUAUUUUUUGUCGACUGUUCACGUCUGGCAACUUUAAUUGGCUAGCGUAUGUGGCUUCUACCAUCACUAUGUUGAUUCUAUCUUCCGAGAGAUAUUUUGCAGUUUGCCAUCCUCAUAGCUUCAAGAAACUGUUCUCCACAAGAAACGUCAAGUUCAUUAUAAUGCUAUCUUGGUUUUUAGCUGUUGUAACGAUAAUACCUAGAAACACCGGGAAGACUUGUUUUUCAGUGGAUGCAAACCUAUCAAAAACACUUUCUGUUAUUGCCGCAAUAUUUUCAAUGGUUACAUUGUUACUUAUUUCAAUAUUAUCAGCAAAGAUCUACGUAUCAUUGUGGUGUAAGCACACUGUAAUCCAACCAACAGCAGUUAGAGAGAUACAGGAGAGAAAGAUGAAGAAGAGAGUGACACUUUGUGUAUUGGCCGUCGUCGCCACGUACAUCUUUUGCAAUAUUCCACUUUCUACCUGGUAUAUUCUAUUUGGUUUUCAAAAGAUCCAGCAAGGGGCAGAAAAAUUAUCGGGUCAAAUAGUAAUACUUCUAGCCGUAGUUAAUUCUGCACUUGACCCUUACCUUUUCAGCUUUCAAAACCGGAGGAUGAGAGAAUUACUCAAAAAAAUAUUUCGUUGCAAAAAUGAAGAUCAAGCUCAAGAACAAACAAUUGAACAGCGGCUUGCAUAAAACAACAAAGGGGGCAAUUUUGUUGAUUUAGAAAUAAGACAGACACUUUUUAAUUCUUUUCGAUUGUUGUCAUGAGUGCUAUGUUUUUAUAAGAAGAGCUUUUAUUGAAGUGCUUUUAUUGAAUUGUUCCGUGCGUGCUCGCAGCAUUUUAAUUUGUAAUUCUAGGAAAGGAGUUAUGUUAAGGCCACGACCACACGAGUUGUUCAGAUACUUAUGGUUUUAUUCCGGAUAAAAAAAAAUCAUAUAAGGUUGGCACGUGUGGAAACGUACCGUAUUCGAAUCAAAACAUUUGUGGAUAUGAAACCUCUGGACUCGUGAGUGUCGAGGCGUGAAACCCUGACUUUGUGUUUGUAUAUAGAGACAAUGCUGAUAUUCAAAAAUGAUAAGAAAUAUGAAGCUGUAUAUAGACGAAUAAUAAAGUUUUCCAAAUCCAAUUUGUGGUCUGUUUCUACCAUAACAGUUCAAGAAAAGACAGUUAGCUAUUCGUCGGUUCUUUAGCAUCGG